AUGAGUGAUCAAGGCUGGCUUCUACGAGGGGCUCGUUCCGAUGCUGCUCUUGAGCUUCAAACUCACCUAACCACGAUUCAUCUACCUAUGCACAACUCCCCUCCUGAUCUUGUGUACUGGUACAUCAACAAUGAGUCUCUCGAAGCAUUCUCAGCCUCUCGUGUUUGGGAUGCCAUUCGGCACCGUGAGCCACCUCAUCAAUGGACAGCCUCGGUCUGGUUCAAUGGCAGAGUUCCCCGGCAUGCGUUCAAUUUCUGGAUUGCUUAUCAUGACAGACUCCCAACUAAGUCUAGACUUGCGGCCUGGGGAAUCAAUAUCUCAACAGCCUGCAUUCUAUGCAACUCUGCAAUGGAGGACAGAAACCACAUGUUUCUUCGCUGUCCAACAAGCGAAGUAAUCUGGGCAUGUGUACUGCGUAGACUUGGAGCUCAUCAUCAUUCGUUUCAUACGUGGACUACUAUGAUGGAUUGGCUUUCCUUAAAUGACUCUAGGACCAUCACUCUCCUGAAGCGUCUUGCGUCUCAAGCAACAAUAUACAACAUCUGGACAGAACGCAAUCGUAGGAUCCAUGACAACGUCAUAAUUCCACCUGCUAUGAUUUUCAAAACAAUCGACCGUAGCAUCCGUGACGUUAUUCUUGGUAAGAGAAACAACUCAAAUUUCCGGAAGGCAAUGGAGUUGUGGCUCUCGUAUAAGUAG